CCCAGCUAUUCCAAGGCCUUCCUUUCCCCGGGGUUGAUUGGCCGUCCGGCCAGUCACUCGAGAGCCCAUAUGGGCUGCUAGGAAAAGUUGGCUCAGAACCCCAGUUGCCCUGGGCGCCCGGCUGCAGAGGGGGGAGAGUCCCGGUGAGGCCUGACGGCAUGAGAGAUGGGCUGCCAGAGCUCCCACCCAUCCGCUAUCCCCGAGCUGGACGAGAUCAUGCUGGAAACGGGCUUUUCGCAGGCCAGCGUCGUCCGCCUCUACGACCGGUUUCAGGCCCUGGACAAGGAGCAGAAGGGCUACCUGAGCAAAUACGACCUGCAAGGGAUCGGGGAGCUGGCGGUGAACCCCCUGGGGGACCGGAUCAUCAAUGCCUUCUUCAAGGAGGGGGAAGAGCUCACUGAUUUCCGAUCCUUCGUCCGGGUCCUGGCCCAUUUCCGGCCCAUGGAGGAAGGAAAGUCCAAUGAUACUGGUCGCUCGGAGCCCAUGAACAGCCGACUCCGAAAGCUGCAGUUUGCUUUUCAGCUCUAUGACCAGGACAGUGACGGGAAGAUCUCCCGGGACGAGAUGCUGCAGGUGCUGCGGCUGAUGGUCGGCAUCCAGGUGACAGACGAGCAGCUGGCGUGCAUUGCCGAGCGCACCAUCCAGGAGGCCGAUCAGGACGGUGACGGCGCCAUCUCCUUCGAGGAGUUUGCCACGUCAGUGGAGAAGCUGAACAUCGAGCAGAGGAUGAGCCUCCGGCUGCUGAAGUGACCCGUCAGAAUCGGAGAGAGCUCCCCCCUCCCCACCCCAGCACUGGGAAGAUCCACUCUCAGAGGGGCUGCGGCCAAUCAGGUUUCAACUCCGCCCUCUCAUCAUCCAAUGGAUCCCACCAGGAAGGGGCUGUAUCCAAUCACACUUCAGCUCCACCUUUCUGCCUCCGCAUAAUUCCAGACAGAGAAGAGCUGCUUCCAAUCAGAUUUCAUCUCUGCCCCCUCACCUCAGAAUGGAUCCAGUCUGACAGGAGCUGCAUCCAGUCAGAUUUCACCUCUUCCCCUUGUCUUGGGAUGGAUCCAAGCAGAGGAAGGCUGCAUCAAGUCAGAUUUCAACUCAGCCCCUUCACCUCAGAAUAGAUCCAGUCUGACAGGAGCUGCAUCCAAUCAGAUUUCAUCUCGGCCCCUUGUCUUGGGAUGGAUCCAGGCAGAGGAAGGCUGCAUCCAAU